UUAGAAAGUCAGUCAGUAGGUCAGUGUCCGGGUAGGUCCAAGUGGUGAGGAGUGGGACCUUUGUCAUGCACCUGACACCACCAUGGUAGACACCCGGCGCGGCACCUCCACUAUGCCGUACACAAAGGAGGGGGAGGCGAAGAUGGCCGCCAUCCUGCAGGUGAGGAAGGAGAAGAAGGAGGCCAAGAAGAAGGCACUGCAGGAGAAGCAGGCGGCAAAGUUGAGAAAGAUAGAGGAGGAGAUGGCCAGGGAGAAGGAAAGAUUGAAAAAGGAAGAACAGCAGAAGUUGAAGGAGGUGGAAGAAGAAAAGGAGGAAGAUGAUCAGUCACUGGAGAGGAGAAGAGAACAGCGAGGGCAGUACAGUGGCAGCAAAGAUGAUGAGAUGGAGAAGCGGAUCUUAGAGUGGGUCACCAACUUGUCCUUGGGAGAAGAAGAAGAGGUAGCCAUGUAUAUCCCCAAGGACGAGCAGGAAGCCGCUAUGGAGUGGGAAGCACAAAGGGAUGUUAGAGGCCGAAGAGUUGAAGGAGAGGAGGCCCGCCUGGCCAAGAUGAAGAAGGAGAAUAAAGGGCAGCUGAUUUUAUUAGAUGCAGAGAUUUUUAGAAGUAGAGUAGGGGCCCUAGUAGACUCAGGGGCCACCCGCAGCUAUAUUAGUAAGAAAGCGCUGCAGAAGUUGAGGUUGGGACUUAAAGUCCAGAAACUGACAGACCCCAUAGUUAGUAUCCUCGCGGACAAUCGUACCAUGGUGGUAGAGGAUUACGUAGAGGGAGUCCAGACAUAUUUCCGCCUAGAGAAAGACGGGAAGGUGGAGAAGGUCCUCCACUCCCUGACUCUCCUCGUAGAGGACAGCCUCCCGUUUGAUAUUGUGCUGGGAAUGGAUUGGGGAGAGGCAGCUGGGGCCACGCUCCAUUUGAAGGAGCACGAGUGUAGGCUCCAUAGUGCUGCAGGCGAGGCUAAGGCUGCCCGCCUGUUCCAUGUGUCAGGAGUAGAGAAUUCAUUGGCACAUUGUUGCCUCAGUGCUCCUGCGUUCGCCAGAUUAGUGAAGAAGGAGCACUUAGAGGAACAGGUCUUUGUUGCCUAUGUUAGGCCAAUCACUGAGCCUAAGGAAGAGAAGCCCGUAGACCCUGCUAUUGCCAAAUUGUUGGAAGAGUUUAAGGAUUUGACUGAGCCGCCGACAGGCACGGUGCCGCGGCCCAUCCAACACCGUAUUGAGAUAGAGCCUGGCAGUAGAACUCCUAAGGGUGUUGUGUACAGGAUGUCCCCGCAGGAGUUAGAGGAGUUGCGGAAGCAGUUGGACGAGCUCCUUGAAAAGGGUUGGAUUAGGCCCAGUUCGUCUCCUUUUGGAGCCCCUGUUCUCUUUGUCCCUAAGAAAGAGGGAGAGCUGAGGAUGUGUAUAGACUAUAGGGGUCUGAAUGCCAUUACAGUGAAGAAUGUUGAGCCACUGCCUAGGAUAGACGAUCUCUUAGAUCGAGUGCAGAGGGCGAAGUAUUUCUCCAAGAUAGAUUUGAAGUCCGGAUAUCAUCAGAUAGAGGUGCAUCCUGAUGAUCAGUACAAGACAACCUUCCGGACUAGAUAUGGGCACUACGAGUUCAUAGUGAUGCCUUUUGGACUAACCAAUGCGCCAGCUACGUUCCAGCGCUGUAUGAACGAUAUGUUUAGGCCGUGGACCCUCGAAGAGCAUCAGGGUCAUCUCAGGCAGGUCUUGGAGAAGCUGCGGGAAGCUAACUUCAAGAUCAAUGCAAAGAAGUGCGAUUGGGCAAAGACCCAAGUUCUGUACCUAGGCCACGUCUUAGACGGAGGCGGCGUUAAGCCAGAGGAUAGCAAGAUCCCAGCGAUUACAGAUUGGCUGAAACCACGUACGCUGACAGAGUUGCGCUCGUUCCUGGGCCUAGCUAAUUACUAUAGGAAGUUCGUGAGGAACUUCUCCACCAUCGCUGCGCCCCUUCGUAGAUUGCUGAGAAAGGAGACCAUCUGGAAGUGGGAUAAGGACUGCACGUCUACCAUGAAGAAGUUAAAGCAAGCAUUGAUAGAGUAUCCAGUCCUUAAAGUCGCCGACCCGUCCUUGCCCUUUGUCGUCACGACUGAUGCGAGUCAAUACGGCAUAGGCGCAGCGUUGCAGCAAGACGAUGGCAAUGGGUAUAGACCCGUAGAGUUCAUGUCCGCCAAGAUGCCUUCAGAGAAGGUCGCGACAUCGACCUAUGAGAGGGAACUCUACGCUCUCAGGCAAGCCUUGGACCACUGGAAACACUACUUGCUUGGGAGGCACUUCAAAGUCUAUUCUGACCAUGAAACGUUACAAUGGUUAAAGACGCAGGCCAAGAUGACACCUAAGCUUACUAGGUGGGCCGCAGAGAUAGAUCAAUACGACUUCGAGCUCAAGCCUGUCAAAGGGAAGUACAACGUAGUCGCGGAUGCUCUGAGUAGGAGGGCAGAUUACUUUGGGGCAAUAGUACACUAUCUUGAUAUAGGGAAGGACCUGCGACAGAAGGUUAGAGAGGCCUAUGCGCAGGACCCUAUCUAUAGUGAGCUCCUUAAGAAGGUCAAGGAGGCCCCAGAGACUGAGCCGAACUACCGCACUACUGAAGGGCUGCUCUUUGAGAAGACUAAUGUAUUUGACCGCCUGUGCAUUCCCAAUAGCGAAGAGAUUCAUAGUCUGAUUUUGGGCGAAUGCCAUGACACAGAGGGUCAUUUUGGUUGGCAAAAGACCUUAGCCAAUUUGAUGCGCGCGUAUACGUGGCCAGGGAUGAAGAAUGACUGCGUAGAGUAUGUUCGCAGUUGUAAGGUCUGCCAGCGUAACAAGAGUUCUACGCGCGCCCCGUUAGGUCUUCUNCGUAGAGUAUGUUCGCAGUUGUAAGGUCUGCCAGCGUAACAAGAGUUCUACGCGCGCCCCGUUAGGUCUUCUCAGACCCUUACCCAUUCCGGACCAACCGGGAGACUCAGUGUCCAUCAACUUCAUGGACACUCAGGUCAAGAGCAGGCAUGGCAAGAGCCAAGUCAUGGUCAUAGUUGACCGAUUUAGUAAGUACGCAGUCUUUGUUCCUUUGCCGUCAGAGGCACGUACUAAUUUAGUCAUUCAGAGGUUUUUUGACUGCAGGGUUAGUGAGAAUGGAAUCCCGCUGUCAAUAGUUAGCGAUCGAGAUAGUCGCUUUACCAGCCAGAACUGGCCAGAACUCAUGGGAGUGUAUGGAUCUAAGUUGUUGAUGUCGUCUGGCCGUCAUCCAGAGACUAACGGUCAGACACAGCAAAUGAACAAGAUCCUACAGC